UGUCAGAUGAGAUGAAAAAAACAAGAGGACAUCACGACUCGUUGUAGGUGAAGUGUAGUUGGUAAUCUACUGCUGGAAAAAAAUUGAAUGCCGAAAAGCAAAUAAUAGAGCUGUGCGGACACAACUUUCAUUUUUUGAAGACAUCGUCUCACUCCUUCGUUACGUGCAAAGGGAUAAUUCAUUUUUUGAAGACAUCUCCUUCGUUACGUGCAAAGGGAUAACACAUCAUCUACCAAGCGGAAAACCAUGCCAACGUCGGAUCGAAGCAUGGGCGGCUUCGGCCUCGCUAUGCCCAAGCUGCAGCCGUUCUCGUCAACCGGAAGGUAGUUAGUUGGAACUACCUAGUUGGAACAUUUUUCGGGUGAGAAGACUAAGUACUUAUAAGUUAUGGGAAGAUCCAUCAAGACCAUGAUCAUGCUUAAAAUACUUACUCAAAAGAGACUCAGGGAGGUCGUAGGGCCAAUCUGAAUCGACUAACAUCAUCAUCAUCAUCAUCAUCAUCAUCGUCGCCAUCGUCAUCAUUCUUCUCUACCUCGUGAUUUGGUACAUAGUACUACCACUGCUAUCAUUGUCAUCACUUACUCUAGGUUUUCAUCAUCAUCACUUACUCUAGGUUUUCUGGCGUAAAACCAGUCCACGCUGCAGAUGGAACGGAGGUAGAGAAUACAGUCCAUAAUGCUUUAGGCCCGCUUUAUAGUCCGACGCGUCCACGAGGUGCGAUGUUGCCAGAGGAGGGAGUGGUUAUGGAAAAUUCUACGGGCGUUCCAUUUAGGUGAAUUGUAAUUUCUCAUAAUGCGUUGCCACAGGAAUAAUACGUAGGUGUAUUGUAAUUUUUAAUGAUACGCUCAGGAAAUGAUACGUUGCCACGUUUAGGAGGAUACGAAUCCUUCUUCUCUAAUCUUCUCGAAGCAAGUGCCAACGGCAGUAAACUCUCGACAGAUUCGCAAGCUUUGGAAACCUCAGCAGCUUUGGAGUACAUCUCUCCACGUACAAGGAGUAAAAAUCUAGGAAUCUCGUCACCUGAAGAACACGCAGAUGUUCCGAAGGAUGCGGAUGUCGAGUUAAGAGAUCAACAGUCCUUCGCUCUAAUCGAAGAGGAGGUCUACUGCUCUCCUGUGCAUUUAGCAGGUGAAUUUAUCCUUCGCUCUAAUCGAAGAGGAGGUCUACUCCCCAUCGCCCUUACCAAUGAGGAAAAAAAAGGGUUGGUUAUCCAGUGGUAUCCUAGGAACGAAUACGGCGGCGCCAGUGUUGAAAGUUGGUGGCGGUUUUGGUCCGGGAUUGAGUUAAGAUGUGGUCAUUGAAGUUGAUGUUCUAGCGGCCUAGUAGAUAAUUACUUACGCUUUAUUUGAAGUAUGGUCGACGUCGAGGAGAGUGUCCUAAAACAUGAGAAAAAAUGCAAAAAAGGAGCAAAAAAGGAAGAAAAGAAGAAAUAGACUGCUUCCAACAACGACCUCUUGCCAGGCACAUCAGUCAAUCAAUCAACCUCUUAAAACCUUGCUGUAUAGAAGACUUGAUGUGAGUAUAGCAAGACCUCCUGACGUCGCUUCUAAAACCUCAUUACCAGCGCAGGCCCGCAAUUGAAAGGUGUAGCAGGAUUCACCACCUUCGUACCAGAUACGCCUCGGAUUGAGCCGAAAUUAGUUCCCGGGAAAGCCUUACCCUCGAAGAUUUUCGACACAAGUAUCAACACAGGCAAGCCAUUAUUGACUCCUGCAAAACUCAACAGCGUGCCGAUGCUUCCAGUUAUGCACAAAUAGUAUUUGCAUUCAACAAGAACAAGCAUCUUCAAAUUGUGGUUUCAAAAGUCUAUUUUAUCCUAUACCGUAGGUCCUAUUAUAGGUGUAUUUUUGUCAGUCUUCUAAAACCCCUGCCACCUCGACGAACAUCAUGGUUCCGAAACCAGAAAACCGCGUUUUGGGUUCUGGCUUUUCAACGUCGAUAAAAAUGCCUCAGCUCAUGUCCUGGAGGCCAUCGCAGGCAAAAAGCCCAACGCCAACUAUGAAAGGAAAAAGUCCUACUUCCUACACUCAAGAAAGAUGUAUAGCUACUUUCCUACUUGAAUCCUAGCCAAUUUCUUGAGUGUAGGAAGUAGGAUUUAUAAGUACAGGAAAGUAGCUAUACGUGCACUAACACUUUCUUGAGUAUCCGACCAAGUUCGUGCACUUUUUCCUUUCUUCAUACCAACAGAAGGAGCACCAGGCGACUCCCAGAACGUUCCUCCAGGUGCUAAAGUAGUGUACCAAGCGAAGGUUCCCGCCAGUCGCCUCCUAGCCAUGGACGUCGACUUCAUGAAGGGAGAAUUCAAGAUCAAUGGGUGUCCGUUGUAUUAUGAUCUGGAACAAUUAACAUGAGCUCUUGCCAGGCAUAUUAAUCAAUCGAAUGAAUCAAUCAUGCAACAAUAUGAAUCUUCAAAGAUCGCGCCAUAUUAUUUCUACAACUUGGGAUGUUGCUAAAAUCGAUCGAUAUAAUACUUGGACGGCACGACCUACCUAGCUAGAGUUUCCGAUUCGUCGGUCUUAUCUUCUUUAUGAAACUUCUACCGGUUAGUUUUCCUUUUCCCUCAUAUCCUGGGUGUACGUGUAUCCCUACAAGCAAUUUAUUAAACUUCCACUGUAGUGACAACUUUUCCUCUUCUAACCUCCUCUCAAUUCGCGACAUCCCACUGAUGCUGGUGAGACCGGUUUGCGAGUUUGGGAUGCUGGCAUGAUCUUUGCGAAAUGGGUGGAGAAAAACGAGGAGUUCCGACACAAACUUGUCUUGGAGCUAUUAAGGCCCGAUAAGUAUGCAAUUCGUUUGCAACGCUCAUUUUCUUUAGUUUCCUUUUUAGGAUUCUGAAGAAAUGAAGGCAAGAAUAAUGAAUUGUGUUGAGCUCUAAAACUAGGCAGUGGUACUGGUGUUGGUGGUCUAGCGUGUGCCAUGUGCGGAAACCAAGUCAUCCUCAGUGACAGGGAAAACGCGGACGUGGAACACAAGCUGCGACUGAAUAUUACCAUGAUUAUGGAGGGGAGGUAUAUGCCGUUGUUGAGUACUCCAACUCUCCUGCACUUGAUUUCUAUUUCAUAAGUUUAGGUAUUAAGUAGAUGAUGGUAAGGCGAUAAGUAUUCUUUCGGGACGCUUCUAAUCAACACACACGGCUGGUUUCUUCGAAGCAAGGCGCCUGUUCCUACACCACUUUGGACUGGCAGCAGCCUGCCGAGACGUGGCUCCCGGCCUUGCCUAGCUUAAGGCUCACUGACUCAAAUCUAUCAUCAAAGAGAACAGGAUGAAACUAAAAUCACGAUCAAUUUCCCUACCCAGGGGCUAUUUUAUCUCCCUCUCUAUCCCUCCACCUCUAACCUUUGCCAUCGACACUAUUAUCGCCACUGACGUGAUAUGGGCCCAUCCUUUUGUGCACCAGUUUUUGAAAGUGCUCAGAGCGCUAGUCGAUAGUGGAAAACUAGACCUUGAGAAAUUGCAGAUUUGGAUAGGACAGAAGGUAUUGAUGAUGCUUCAAUAGCGCAUGCAUUGCUUAGCAAGAAAACAAAUUACCAAAAGAGGCGAAACUGAUGUUCUUGCCACAAUGUAGUGUAACAGAAGCGUACAUAAUUCCACCACAGGAACGCGACCCAGCAGUAUGGGAUGCAUUCGUCGAGGCAUGCGCCGAGUACGGAUUUGGCGUUGGCGAAGGUCUCUUGUCCGGUGGGCUGGACCCUGCGGACGAAUUCUUUUCCGAGAAGGUCAACAUCUAUAAGAUCGAGCUUCUGGAAGCGUGAAGAGCAUGUUCUUUCGUUGUACUUACUCGUAGAGAGGUCAGGGUAGUUGUGCUUUUUGAGGACUAUCUGUAACAAGUAGACGAAUUUUCGUACAUGAUAAUUCUUAGCGCAGUUGAAGAUGAUUUCGGGUUAAGAGCAGCUUAGGCAAGAGCACCUUUUUCACACGAUGGAGAAUACUACGUAUAUCCGUGUAUCAUGUUGUACCGUACGGAUGAUAGAAAAAGCAGUCAAGUACAAGCACCAGUUAAUCUUUCCGUCGCGAUAGUAGAUAAGCAAACAUAUAUUUUCCUAAUAUUGUCUCGCAGCAUGAUUAGUAGAGAAAUAAUAUUUAGUACUCUCUCACAAGUGUCGCUAUCUUCUAUACCAGUUGCAUGAACUACACUGGUGCGCAACUACACUAAAAUCAAAGCUUUUUUUAGAGAGUCCAUCAAAUGGAGAUCUCGAAGACGCAGCAUUGAAAUUUCAGGCGCACCACGAGGCGCGAUUAUGCAAUUAUCUUCCUAAUUCGUAGAGGCCCCCCCUCCUGCCAUAGUGCAUAUCUGCAGUGCAUGUAUGAUUAGAAGCGGGGGCGCGCAUUGUGUGCUCGUGUGAAGACAUGCUUGUUCUGUACAACUUUUUAUUUACAAAAUAUACAAACAGCUACUUUUUAGACUUCUCCCCCUGAUAAUGGAUCCGUCGAUAACCAACCUCCAUAAGCGUCAAUUAAAGAUGAGCAACAAGGGAUUGUGGUCGUUUCGGUAGCACAACGAAUUUAGGUAUCAACUGUGUGUCCGCAAUUCACGUGUAAAGAUCGUUUCGCUUUUUUUUCGACGAAUUUUCCAUAUGAAGAGUGGUUUUAAUUUUUGUAAUUCAAUCUACAAUAUUAGGUAAAGGCACCCUAUUAAAUCAUGAGGAAUCCUAUAGAUGAGGACCGCUGCAUGGUCCUAAUACUAUAACAAGGAGGUCAUGUUUCCUCGUCAAAAAACGUUGGAUCUCAUUACAUGGAGUCAAAGAUACUCAACUUCUACUUUGCAUGAAAAGACUAUGCUACGAAAUUGAUUCGAACUUGCGGAUUAAAAUUCCGACGAGCAUCAACUUGUUUGCACGCAAUUCUUAUUGUGAUUCACACAGGCACAGUGGUGUGCCACACUUCCC